GGUCUAAAACUGGUCGGGCAGUUCAGUCGCUGCCGAGACGCCGCGCCGCCAUAACGCGAAGGGACGUCGCGACGCCGGUUUCUUCGUCUUGCCGCGAUCAGCUGUCGCGCCACAAGCGUGACUCGAUAGCCGGCGUUCGAUCGGAGAAGUAUCGUAGGAAAACUUGAUCGAAAGACGGAUUAUUUUGAUUUAUUUUUAUUGUGAUAAAAGGUGUAAUUCUCUCCCUACGUUCGAAGGUGAAGUGUCGUGACGACUCGAUUGGUCGUCUCUUCGCCUUCUACCAUCCUGUGAUAAUAAAGUUUUAUAAAUAACAGUGAGACGUGGCCGAAUGAUUUUCGGUUGGGAAUGAAAGUGUAAUUCGGAUAGUAAAAUUAUUCAAGGCCUGCGUUCGACGGAUUAUGGAGAUUGAAAUAUCGCCGCGAUAGGUUGUGAUAAUGUGUGCGUGCGCCUGAUACGAUCUGCUUACCGAGCUCUCGAUUCGACGUAUCAACACGUUGCUGGCAUAUGAUCGUCCUCUUUUCCUCUCUUUGUCUAUUUUACUAUUUUUUUCUUCAAAUUUCAAGGAUUCCGUAAAUCUUGCGUCUCUGUUUUAUACGUCUGAUUCUGAAAGUCGAACGCUCCGCCUACUCUCGUAAAAAUAAUUUUCUGGGAAUUUGAAAUAUUCCUUCAAUUUUGUGAUUGUUCUUCGUUGCUCGCUUCUUACUGUGCGCGAACAACGAGAACGAGGAGAGCGAUAUUUUAACGUGAAUCGAAAUCAGUGAAUCAUUGUGCUUCUUACCAAACCUGCCUACGAGUUCCGGUAUUUGAAGAGGGAUUUUCCAGCCGCUUGGACACGUCACAAUAUGUAAUCGAUGUUGUGACAGCGGACUGCCAAAUUUUUCUACAUGCGCUGCUCCGGAGGGCCGUGAUACUUGGAGGAGGCGAAUCGCGAGCCAGAGAAAGAGACGACCGCCAGGAUGCUUCAGCCGUGGUGCAGCGGAAGCGCCCGCUGCGUACGCAAGGCGCUUUUCUUCGUCUUCAUAUGGGGAUUAAUAAUGAUCGCCGCUAUACAGUUCCGUCACAUGGAAACAGUACAGGAGAAUGUGGCUGGAUCCGCGUCCCACGGAGCCAGCCUAAGCUCAGGUCGUUUUCUCCUACAGCAAUUGAUUGAUUCCAGCUACACCCGCGAGCCUGUUGUCCCGGUGACCCAGAGCCCCCUGGAAAUGGAGCCGCUCCUCGACAAGACCCCUUCACGGACCGAGGACAAGCUGAUCGAGGAAAUCGAGACGAGGCUCCCGAGUCUACCUCUCGCCUAUUGGAACCGUAAUAAAAAUAACAAGGCGAUGCACUACAAGAACGAAAGUUGCGCCAAAUUUCCAAGUAUAUUUGACCUCGAGUUCAACAACAUCUACUGGCAGAGCAUGCACACCUCGAACGGCUCCUUUCAGCUCUUUGGCGCUUUCUACGACACCAGGGAACUGUCCAAGAUUGGACCGGCUGUCCGAAUCGUCGGCAUGAUCAACAGGAUCGAACCGACUGUGAAGAGCUUCUGCCAGAUCUGGUACGAGGGUGAGAAAGAACCGCAGCUGGUCGAGACCUUCGAGUACAAAUACGUUUGGUACUCGAAGUGGGGCAACUACAAGCAAGGUAUAUAUCAGCCGUACAUAAUCACGUGUAGAGUACCCCAAAGUCACCAUAAACAGGUGCCAGCCUCGGUGUCGUUGGUGCCGAAGGCAUGCGACACGGCGACAAAUAAUCUGAGGGUAAUUUACAACAAACCGCCGGAGAAGAAGGACUUCGCUGUUUGCGUCAAGGGGCUGGACUUCCUUCACGAAGAUCUCUCUGUCAGACUGGUCGAGUGGAUCGAAAUGAUAACCCUCCUCGGUGCCGAUAAAAUAUUCUUCUACGAACUUCAGGUCCAUCCGAAUAUCAGCAAGGUGCUGAACUACUACGAGAAACUUGGCAAGAUACACGUCACUCCCUUGACCCUUCCUGGGGGUCAGCCGAACGUUCCCGCAUUCCAACACAUGUACCUCACUAAAAAGAUGAACCACAAACGUCAGAACGAGCUCAUACCGUACAACGACUGUCUCUACAAACACAUGUACGAGUACGAGUAUAUAGCGCUGUUGGACAUCGACGAGGUUAUCAUGCCCGUUCAAGACGCAACGUGGAGGGAGUUGAUGGACAGAAUAUUGCCAAAGUCCUUGAAAAUCCGGAACGAAUCGAGAGCUUCCUACAACGUCAGGAACGUCUACUUCCUCGACGAUCUUCUACACUCGCAUGGAUGGUUCAAAGACGUGCCAAGGUACAUGCACAUGCUCCAGCACGUCUACAGGGCGCAAAACUUUACGAAGCCGAAUCAGUACGUGAAGUGCUUUCACAACCCAGAACGAGUUGUAACCCUUCACAAUCACUUCCCGCUAGCUUGUCUGGGAUCUGGCUGCACCAGCUACCCAAUAGAAACGGAGGACGCCCAGCUUCAGCAUUAUCGCGCUGACUGCGUCAAGUCCCUGAAGAAGUCGUGCGUCGAGUACAGAGAGAACAGCGUGAUGGACACGACGAUAUGGAGGUAUAAGAACAAGCUUAUCGACAGGGUUACGCGGACGCUGAAGACUCUUGGAUUCUUCGGACCCGGCUACGCCUCGGAGAGAUAGUCAACGGCCCCAAGAGGAGCCAGGCGAUCUGGGUCCAGAAGAAUCAACCCACUGAGACACCGAAUGGACUUUUGAUGAUGAUGAUGAUGAUGAUGAUGAUGGUGAUGGUGACGAUCGUCGGGGCGAUAAGCAGAGCCCGUUGAUCGCCAACACCUACCUACGUACUUUGAAAAAGGAACACUAAGAAGAUUUUAAUAGUUGUGCGAUGUUUCUACUUCGACCGCAUUGUGUAAAUGUCUAUGUUUGUCUCUACUGUGUGUCUAGGUGGAGUGAUUCGUUGAAGUAGCAGCUGUUGGACAGAGUUCGAUUUUGGAGCACGCCACAGCGGUUAUCUUGCGACAACCAUUAUUUGUAUAUUAUCAUUCUAGUGUAGUUUUUAACAAGACGGCAAGGCUAUUGUCAUCCUAAUCGGGAAGAACGGAAGCCGUUUCGACGAAUAAUCUUUGAACGGGCAUCCGGAGAUCCCAGAUGUGUUAUUAUGGGGUUAUCCUGCAAAGGAGAACACACGAAGGUAGUGAAUACGAUAUAUCAGUUGAUUUGAAAGGACAGAAUUGUUUCCUUUAAAUUUAGGCAUGCAUCGCACGUGGAAUCGCAUUGCGCCGAUGUAUAUAAUAAAUUAAUUAUUUACGCGUGGAAUAAGCAGGAUACAUUAUUUUAAUCAACGUAUCGUCAGACGCGCAUAAAAUGCGUGUGGUCGACGAACUGAUUGCGAAGUAGUUUAAUUUCGUUGCAUCACCAAAUAAACAGCACGGUGUAUAGUUAACCUGUAAGAGUCAAUAUUUAAUGUCAAAACAAACGAGAUUUAAAAGAAAGAAAAUCCACUAUGAUCCACCGCGAAGGUAUUUUCACGCGAUGGGGGUAAAAAGGAUAAUUGGGCGAGAGGUGUACUGUAAUUGAUUGACAGAAAAACUAUGAAUCAGAUGAAAAAUAUUUGAGAUUUGGCAAAUAAGUGUACCUCGUUGCAAAAUCAGGCCAACAUGCUAGUGUAAAUUUAAAGUAAGCGAGUGCGCUGAAUUAAAUUCUUUUAUCAUACAAACUCUGCAGAAAUUUACCUAAACCGUCUAGGACGUAAAACGAAAGAUAAAAAUAAAGAAGAAGAAGAAGACUGAAUUCGUGCAGAGAACAUUAAGAUCCCCAUCGCGUGGUACAAUAAUGUCCAAGAAUGAGGUUGAAAUGAGAAUUGACAAAAAAAAAAAGAAAAAGAAAAAAAAAUGAAAAUACAUCAAAUAAAUUUUCGAAACCGUGUAAUUAAUUAUAACCGUGUAAGUAAGUAAGUAAGUUUUAAUUAGUGGUGAAAUUUGCUCCUACUUUAAGUGCCAACCCGCGAGGGUGUCUCAGUGCCUACGGAACUUAAUUAUUAGUAUAAUUAAACGUUGGUUGUCAGACUAUUAUUUCUAAGACAAAUCGCUAGUGAGUAAUGCCCCGUAUGCAUUUAUACCUGUACAUCAUUUCGUGCGUUAGGUGAAAUAUUUAAAUUAUAUUCAACCGUGUAGGAUAUAAAUUUCUCUGCGCGGCAGUACAUACGUGUCUAUCAUAGUCACCGGUGAACGCGCUUGGGCCUCGCUAAUAAAUACCCUAUACCCGUUUACCAAAAAACAAAUCAAUGCUUAAAAAAUAAGA